UUAAGCCAGCCAAGAUUGAGCUAUACUCAACCAUCCUCUCUCUCUCUCUCUCAAUCUCUCUCUCUUUCUCACACACACACACAUACACACCCACACAAAACCUCAUGGGAGAAAUAUUGAAGGAAGAUCAGAUAGUGGAGUUCCAAGAGGCUUUUAGCCUAUUUGAUAAAGAUGGAGAUGGUUGCAUUACUAUUGAAGAAUUGGCGACUGUAAUAAGGUCUUUGGAUCAAAACCCUACCGAGGAAGAACUUCAAGACAUGAUCAACGAGAUCGAUUCCAAUGGAAAUGGCACCAUUGAGUUUUCAGAGUUCUUGAACCUCAUGGAAAAGAAAAUGAAGGAAACUGAUGCAGAGGAAGAGCUUAAAGAGGCUUUCAAAGUGUUUGACAAGGAUCAAAACGGCUACAUCUCGGCUGAAGAGCUUCGACGUGUGAUGAUCAACCUAGGGGAAAAAUUAACAGAUGAAGAGGUGGAGCAGAUGAUAAGGGAGGCUGAUUUGGAUGGUGAUGGACAAGUUAAUUACGAUGAAUUUGUGAAGAUGAUGAUGGCUAUUGGAUAGAAUUAAGAAGAAGAAGAAGAUUGGUUCAGCUUAUUUGUUAAUCUCAUGUUUAAUUAGUGUUAGUUUGCUUCAAUUGUGUGAUUAAGGCUAAGCAGUUAAGCGUUUGUGCUUAGAGAGAAAACAAAUAAAGAAAAUAUGUCAGUUAUGAUUAAGUAGGAUUGGUUGAUUAAGUUAUUCCUUUAGAAAAAAGGGUGAUUGUAUUGUUAUCAUCUCUCUAUCUUAAUAAGUUUAAUUUGUGAUUGUAUUCA